CUCCAAUCCCAUUUUCUCAGAAAACCAAAAAUCGCAACUUUUCCAAUCCAAAUUAGGGUUUUUUUUGCUUUCCCAGAUCUGAUCCCAAUGCUCAUUCUUCUCUGAUCGGUUCCGAAAGGCGCGAUCUUUGUUUCGUUCUGGGUUCGUUCUUGAAGGUUCAAUCGGAAAAUGUGAUCGAUUGAUUGGCUAUUUUACAUUGCUGGGUGUCUGAAAUUUCAGAUUUUGAUAAUCGGGUCUUGAUUGGAAUUUCCAGAUUUUACUUGGGUUGUUGAAUCCCAUUUUCGUUUGGGGUUGUUUCUUUCAUGCUCUGCUCUCAAUUUCAAGCUUCCCAAACCUCCGGUUGUUGAAAAUUAGAUCUUGAAAAUUGGCUCCUCAAAGAAGGUCGCAGCGCCACAUGGGUGGGCAGAUGCAGCAGAGCAAUGCCGCCGCGGCUACUGCUCUGUAUGACCACCAUGCCGGCAAUGCGGGUCCCACCAACGACGCCAGCGACGCCGUCAUGGCCCGCUGGCUCCAGUCCGCUGGUCUCCAGCAUCUGGCCUCACCUCUGGCUUCCACCGCCGUCGAUAACCGGCUACUCCCUAACCUUCUCAUGCAGGGUUACGGAGCGCAGUCGGCUGAAGAGAAGCAGAGGCUGUUGAAAUUAAUGCGGAACCUGAAUUUCAACGGGGAGUCGGGUUCAGAGCCGUACACACCUACUGCCCAAACAUCUGGAGGGCCUGCAUCGGAGGGUUUUCACUCUCCGGACUUCAGGGGGGAUUUCGGAGCUGGGCUGUUGGAUCUUCAUGCAAUGGAUGAUACAGAGCUUCUUUCUGAGCAUGUUAUGUCCGAACCGUUUGAGCCAUCUCCAUUUAUGCCUGGUGGUAUGAAAACUUUCGAAGAUGAAUUGAAUUUGACAAGUGGUGGACAGCAAAGUGUGCUACCUGACCAAGAUGCAUCAGUUCCAUUAGUGCAGAAUGAGAAGGAGAGCACACGGGAGAAUAAUGUGGCUAAAAUAAAAGUUGUGGUACGCAAAAGACCUUUAAACAAGAAGGAACUUUCUCGGAAGGAGGAUGACAUUGUCACUGUGUAUGACAAGUCUUAUCUGACAGUUCAUGAACCUAGAGUGAAGGUAGACUUGACUGCAUAUGUGGAGAAGCAUGAGUUCUGUUUUGAUGCGGUUCUGGAUGAGCAUGUUCGCAAUGAUGAGGUAUAUUGGGCCACUGUAGAACCAAUUAUUCCCCUCAUUUUUGAGCGAACAAAGGCUACAUGUUUUGCUUAUGGUCAGACAGGUAGUGGCAAGACAUUCACGAUGCAACCGUUACCUAUCAGAGCUGCUGAAGAUCUUGUCAGAUUGUUGCACCAGCCAGUUUACCGUAACCAGAGAUUCAAAUUAUGGCUAAGCUACUUUGAGAUCUAUGGUGGAAAGCUCUUUGAUCUUCUCAGCGAGAGGAAGAAACUUUGUAUGAGAGAAGAUGGACGGCAACAAGUUUGCAUUGUUGGACUGCAAGAGUUUGAGGUGUCAGAUGUACAGAUUGUUAAAGAAUAUAUUGAGAGGGGGAACGCUACUAGAAGUACUGGGUCAACUGGUGCUAAUGAGGAGUCGUCUAGGUCUCAUGCUAUUUUACAACUUGUGGUUAAAAAGCACACUGAGGUAAAAGAUUCCAGGGGCCGGAUUAACAUUGAUGUAAAUGAACCCAGAAGUGGGAAGGUUGUGGGAAAGAUUUCUUUUAUUGAUCUUGCUGGUAGUGAAAGAGGUGCUGACACCACUGAUAAUGACCGACAAACAAGAAUUGAAGGAGCAGAAAUCAACAAGAGCCUUUUGGCCCUAAAGGAGUGCAUUCGUGCUCUGGACAAUGACCAGAUCCAUAUACCUUUUCGGGGAAGCAAACUCACGGAAGUGCUUCGUGACUCUUUCGUCGGAAAUUCAAGGACAGUAAUGAUAUCUUGUAUAUCUCCAAAUGCAGGGUCAUGUGAGCAUACACUGAAUACUUUGAGAUAUGCUGAUAGGGUCAAAAGUCUUUCGAAAGGUGGCAAUUCUCGGAAGGAUCAACCUGCAAAUUCAUUACCUCCAACUAAUAAGGAUUUUUCCUCAUCAUCGUCUACUCUAGCUUCUUCUGGUGUAGAGGAUAUCCAUGAACAACGUCAAGAAGUUAAAACAACCGAUACAGGCAGAAGAGCUGCAGAGAAAGAAAGUAUUUCAUAUAUCCCUACUCCUGAUUUUGAGAAGCGUCCAGCAAAUUCAUCGAGUAAUCCCAUUAGUAUUCGAGAAGGAAAAGGGAUAACUUCUAGUUCAAUAGAUAGGGAGAGGUUUGAAGGGAAUAAUUCUUACAGUGAUUCUUACAGUCAGAAGAUGUCGUAUCAUUCUCAAAAUUCAGUUGAUGCAGAAGAAAAAGUGCAAAAGGUAUCACCACCUCGCCGGAAACUAACUAAAGACGAAAAAUCAGAAAAGUUGGGCAACUGGCUGAAGAAAGGAGGUGGUUCUGAUCUGUCCACCACCAGCUCUAUGCAGCAGAAUUCUGGGAAUUUUAACACAAGCAAUGUUGGAUCUAGACAGUCUGAGCCUGAAGUUCCUGAUGGGAAUAUCAAUGCAAUUCUUGAGGAAGAAGAGGCCCUAAUUGCUGCCCACCGAAAAGAAAUCGAGGAUACAAUGGAAAUAGUUCGUGAAGAAAUGAAACUGUUGGCAGAAGUGGACCGACCAGGGAGCCUCAUAGACAACUAUGUGACUCAGUUGAGCUUUGUGCUUUCUCGCAAGGCAGCUAGUCUGGUGAGUCUCCAAGCGCGCCUCGCAAGGUUUCAGCAUAGACUAAAAGAACAGGAGAUUCUAAGUCGGAAAAGAGUACCUCGUUAAGGAAGAGGCAGUCACUGUGUUUCGCUGCUCUAAUGGUGGCACCUAAACUUGUAGUUACGUUUAAGGCAUGAGCUGUGGGAGAAGAUUUGAGGGGUCACUGACUCCUUCCUGGCUGUUCACAAUCCAGACUUCUGGCUUAAAGGACAAGAAUGGGGAAAUUCAUGUCUGUUGCCAAUGCUUGUAUCUCAUUGUAAUUCGGUAGAUAAGUCGAUGUGUUCUUGCUGGGUUUUCAUGGGUUGUGGCUUUUGGCUGUUGUGUAAUGGUGACUGAAAUUUGAAAUUUGCAACAAUAUAUUUCUAGUAAAGAAAAAAAAAUGAAAUAGAAUGUUCAUUACUCAGUU